AUGUCAAACAUUAGUCAAAGAUUCCUGCGCUCCAACGCAAUCAAAGCCAUUGGUACCAGAUCAAUCGGUGUUCGUGCCUUGUCAACCUCCAGAAGCAGUCUGUUUCCAAAGAACGAAGAUGCUGGAGAGCCUGUGGAUCCCAAUAACAAGCAAAGCGCUGGCUUCAUCAAGUCUGUGCUCUAUGGCAAAGAGCUAAGUGGUGCUGGUAAUGUAUUGGCCCCUGAGCUGACUACUACCCACUCCAAGAAGCUGGCAAGAGGCAAAUACGUUCAUGAAAUGCAAACCCAUCGUGUCAAGCCAGACAAGGUCGAAGAGUAUAUUCAACUCAUGUCGACUCAUUAUCCUCGCAUUGCCAACGAUCCUCAAAAUGAAGUCCAUUUAUGCGGUAGCUGGGAAAUGAUUGUGGGUGAUCUCGAUACAUUUGUUCAUAUUUGGGAAUACAAAGGUUAUCCUGGCCACAAACAAACCAUGGAGCGAUUAGCCAAAGACCCAGUCCAUGCACAAUUUCUCAAGGACCUCCGACCCUUAUUGAUCUCUCGUGAGAACAAUAUAAUGCUCGAGUUUUCUUUUUGGAAGACUUCACCACCUCAAACGACAAAUGGCAUUUACGAACUACGUAAAUAUAAUUUAAAGCCUGGAAAUUUGCUUGAAUGGGAAUAUUAUUGGCGUAAGGGCCUUGAGUGCAGAAGUCAAUUCUGUGAGCCAGUCGGAGCCUGGUUCAGUCAAUUGGGCAACUUGCAUACAGUACAACACAUGUGGACCUACCCUGAUUUGCAAACCAGAAAGACUACCAGAGAAGAGGCCUGGAAGGUCGAAGGAUGGUCAGACACAGUGUAUAAAACAGUGCGUCUGGUGGAUAGCAUGCAUUCAUUCAUUCUGAAGCCAUUAGACUACAGUCCUUUAAGAUAG